AUGUAUGCAAUAACUGGUACUAGAAAAUCUAAGUGUCCUUUUAAACAAAAAGGAAGACCGAAGAAGGAUGCAAAAGGGUGGUGGUUGAAAGUGAUGUGUGGUAUACACAACCAUGAAGCAGCAAAGACACUAGUUGGCCAUGCAUACGUUGGUCAAUUAACAAUUGAUGAAAAGAGUUUGGUUGAAAAUAUGGCAAAAAAUGCGGUUGCACCAAGAAACAUGUUGCUUUCGUUGAAAGAUCAGAAUCCGGACAACUUGACUACCAUCAACCAAGUGUUCAGUUUUUGUCAAUCAAUUCGCAGAACAGCAAGGGGGUCGUUAACCGAAAUGCAACAUUUGAUGAAGUUGUUGACCCGUGACAAAUACGUGCAUUGGCAGAGUCUACAAGAGGAUUCAGAGGUACUUAGGGAUAUUUUUUUGAUACACCCUGAUGCUAUACAACUUUUCAAUACCUUCCCUAUUGUAAUUGUGAUUGAUAGUACCUACAAGCCUAACAAGUACAAGAUUCUUUUGCUUGAAAUGGUUGGUAUAACGUUAACUGGUAUGUCGUUCUAUAUAGCCUUUGCGUACUUGAUAUUCGAGCUCACAUAUGACUUCAUUUGGGUCUUGAGCAAAAUGAAGGGUUUGAUUCUUAAGAUGGAAAAUUGUCCUCAGGUUAUUGUGACUGACAAGGACAAUGCUUUAGUAAAUGCAGUUGUGGUUGUCUUCCCUACAUCUUAA